AUGUUCUUUCAAAAGGAUGCCUCUCCUAGAAAUGGCGACAGCGACUUUCAAAAUGCCGUAAUUGGUGUUGAUUUGCGCCAGAGCAAACAUUCGGACAGCGGUGUUACACCAUCUGAUCACAGUUGGCGAACAGAAGGGAGUGAACUUUCACGAGAGUACUCGACAGGAACGUCUCCUGACUCUCAUGAAAGUAACAAAGAAACACCCUCUCCAAAAUCCCCUUCACACCAACUACACUCGGUCAAACCCCAGCCUUCAGGUCGCCAAAGGACCUCUCAGGCUUGCGAUAAAUGUCGAGAACGCAAAACCAAGUGUUCUGGACAUCGGCCUGUGUGCCUACGGUGUACCAACAGAGGUCUCAUUUGUGAGUAUACGAUGCGUGAGUCAAGAUCGCGUACUCCUGCUCGUUCACGGGUGGCCGUUGUUUCGGAAAUCCCUCAAGCCGAUUAUGCUGGGCAAGGAAGGCCAACUCCUGCCCAUCACUCUCGGAAUGGGGGUGGCCGAACCAACGCAUUUGCACCUCCGACUAGGUCUUACACAGGCACACCUGCGACCCAAACUACAUCAAGACCUUUGCUUCCUAACCCAUCAGCUAAUAGCACAACGGAACCCACCGUUCGUAACAUUUCUGUCCAACAAAGUCAUCGCCCUUACCAACCCCGACAACUUCCUGAUACGUCUACAUCCAACCCAUACAGCGGCCAUGCACCUGUUGCAUCUCCCAAUGCAUCUUAUGACACCAAGGGAGCAUGGUCGUUGUAUGACUCGUCAUUCGACCUGAACUAUAGCUUUGAGUUGCCGUCUGGUGACAAUGACCUAUUUCAACCUUCUCAUCAUUCGUCAAGCGGACAUGAUGAGCGCCAGACUAUGCACUCGGCACUUGCUAGUAUAUCUCUUCCUCAGUCUUCUCUUCGUUUUGACUAUGACUUGUCUAGGUAA